GAACUGUGCACGUCCAACAUGAACUUCUUCAUCAUUGCUGCUGCCCUCGUCGGCUGCAUUUACGCACAAGGAGGCGACCUUGACCAGCUGUUCAACAGAUACGCUGGUUCAGACAACAUUAUACAACAGGCUGAAUUCAGUCGAUUUUGGCUUCACUUUGAUGAUGAUUCUGAUGGUGACGUCACGAAGCGGGAGUUUGACCAGGGCUGGAGACAAGAAGGCUUCCCCAACCCCGAUAACGCCCCUAUUUUCUUCGUAGAGUUAGACAGAGUCCCAGAUGAGGUCCUCAAUGCACAGGACUUCCCACACAUCUUCCGCCUGUUCGAUGAGGAUGGUGAUGGUGGUAUCUCACAAAGAGAAAUGAGAUAUAACUGGAACGCUUACUUCGAUUAAACAAUGCAACCUCCUAUUGUUUUUUUUUUUUGGAUGAAAUGCUUUGAAAUCUAUA